AUGAUAAACAUGUAUGCCCCAGAGUCCAUCACUGAGUCCAGAUUCUCCCAAAAAUCAGAUGUCUGGAGUUUCGGGGUUGUUCUUCAUGAAAUCUUCUCUUACUGUGAUAUAAGUUUCAAUCCGAAAAGACUUUAUAUGCAGGAGAUUGGGCACAACGUGCUGGGUACAUCCAUUUCAGUGCAUCUGGCAAAUCUACUGAAGGGUAACUGGAGGUUACCACCACCUUUAAACUGCCCGCCCAAGGUGUACCUUAUGAUGAGGCAGUGCUGGGCACAUGACUUUGAUGAGCGUCCAUUUUUCUCCAACCUUGGAAACGAAAUUGAAACUAUGAUCCAGGAUGAAAGAGAGAACUCUAAAGGCUGACGAGGAUACAAGAUACUUACUCUUUGUUCAAAAGGAAAUCAAGUUUAAAUGACUACAUGUUCACAAGUUCUCAGGAGUGAACAUCCAAUUAUGGGAGUAUGCGCAGGCUGACUUAUUUAUGAUAGAUCUCUGGGUACACUGGUUCUGAUAAGCUCUACUUAGGCUCUUUCAAGUUGAUAUCACAGCAAAGCCUAGGUUAUUAUAUUUUUAUAUUUUUUAUAUUUUAUAUUUUUCCAGUUUUCACUCUGAACUUUUUGCAGAGAUUUAAUGGUUGCUAGGAGAUUGCUAGUUUUUUGUUGUUGUUUUUUUUUGGGG